UGAACCGACUCCUACGCUCAGUCUGACGACGGUCACUGUCGCGAUCGCCACGAACAAACAUUUCUACGGCUUCCGCCAUACUUAAACUAACACAGUUCCUCUAAAAUGCAUCAAAAUGGUGAUAUUUAAACUGGAAAAUUGUCGCCGUGAUACUAAAGUGACGGAAAUAUUCGCGCUUUUCGUUGAACCUAAUCAUCCGAAGAGGUUUUUUAAAUACAGUUGACCGUAAACCCGAGUGUUCCGGGAUUAUCGGUUUGUGUUCUGGAACGCGUUGGACUACCUACAAACCAAAUAGGUAAACUGACCGCGCCAGAGUAACGUUCAGUGUUCUCUAUUCAAAUUUAAAAUCGUGUUCGAAAUUGACUAUGGAUUUUUGAUUGUUUAUAAAAAAAGAAACUUUAUUGGCUACGUUCGUGAGUGAAAAAUAUAAAAAUUAAAAUUGAUAAUUUGACAUUGGAAUCUCGAAAAAUGGAGAAGCAAGCUGGGAAUAAGUAUAAGCGGAUUUACUCGUACGGGAGUAUGAGCUCGAGGAGUGAUGACGACAUGGUGGUGCACAGCCAACUGUUUCCUUACCAUAAGAAAAUGGUUGUAGAAAGGGAGAUUUUGUAUGAGGAAGAACAUCCUCCAUUCCAGCCCUUGAUUGCCACCACGAGGUUAUUCGGAAAGGCAAGGUUCACGUGCCUACUGCUGUUCUACGUGGUCUUUUACAUUGUCUACUUGGCAUCAGGGGCUCUGGUCUUCUCAGCAUUAGAAGCUCCCAUGGAGAAUCAGAUACGGCUUGAAUUGAUACGGGCUAAGCAAGACUUUUUGACGAAAUAUCCGGAUAUUAUAGACGAUGACCUGGAGCUGUUGCUGGAUGAAGUGGUGCGCGCGAGCAACCGCGGCGUGUCAGCUUCGAGGAACAUCACGGGAGGACCCAACUGGAGCUUUGGACAGUCGCUGUUCUUCUCGUCCACUGUUGUUACUACCAUCGGCUACGGCCACGUGACUCCGCUCUCGAAGCCUGGCAAGCUGUUCUGCAUGAUGUACGCGCUGCUCGGUAUACCCCUGACGUUGGUGCUGCUGUCGGCGUUGGUGGAGCGCCUGCUUCUGCCAGCAACUGCCUUACUACGCUCUCUCAAUGCUGCGCUAGGACAUUUGUACCGGCCCUUCACUAUACGUUUAGUGCAUCUCAUGAUUAUUGUGACAACUCUCGUGCUAUUCUUCCUGGUGGUACCAGCGUGUGUGUUUGCGUACGUGGAGCCGGACUGGGACUUCCUAGACUCGUUCUACUACUGCUUCAUAUCGCUCACCACCAUCGGACUGGGCGACUACAUCCCUGGCGACUCCCCCGGACAACCCUACCGACCUCUCUACAAAGUUGCUACCACUUGCUACCUUCUGAUCGGCCUGACAUUCCUGAUGCUGACGCUGACGGUGUUCUACGACAUCCCGCAACUGAACCUGAGCACGGUGUUCUCAUCCGUGAAGCUCGACGAUGACCCGGAGAAGAUGAGGCUCAGCGGCUCCGGAGUGAUGGGACCUGGGUAUGGGAUUGGUGGUCUGGUGAUGCGGGAUGACUACAACCACCACGACCAGCGCCGCUCCGUCGUCCACAUCCGACCACACCUCGACGACAGCCCCAGUCCCGAGGACACCACGCCCGUGCACGCCCGCGACAUACGAGUACACUAAACAAUCUGCUUCCCCACACAAUCUCGGUCGUCAUCUCGUUGGCUAGUUGGUGCUAUUGGAUGGAACAAUGUGGAACGAACAUAUUUACCCAAACUCUUCUUAUUAUUUUUUCAAAUAAAACGGUUUCGAACGUUGACGCUCGUUCUACAUUGUCGCUGGUCCGAGAAAUAGCAGCCGGCGUUACUAUUCGACGUUUGCUCAUGUCAAAAUUCCUUGAAGAUGGAAUGAAAAUUUAAAAAAUAUGAUGAACAGGCGCGGUAGUAGUUAAGUAGUUAUCUUUACUGUAAUUAAGUUAAUUAUAAGUUCGUUGUUUAAUGUUUAUUGUUAAGUUAAUUGUCAGAAACUUUAAUUGGUGUAACUAUUUACCUACCUAUCUUAUUUCGAUCCCUGCGUCGACUACCGUCCUAAAAUGCGUGUUUUAUUUUUAUUUUAGUCUUUAAAAAGAGAAUGUAACAAUGUCUGCUGGUAAAAGCUGCGAUAAUAAGACUGAGAGGUUUUUCAAAUUUUCAAACUUUUCUAAUUCAUUUUUAAGAGUUUUGUACUUACAAAAUUGCGAACAUACCUUGCGAACUGUAACGACAAAAACGAUGACGUAAACAAUGUAGUAUCUAAACAGACUGACUAACAACAUGUCCUUCUAUAUGUAUACGUUUUAAAACCCUAAAAUAUAAGAAUUUUUCUAAAUCCAUAAUAUAUCUAUUUUCAAAAUAUAAAAAAAUCUACAGCAUAUCACUUACUUAUUGAACGGUAACAGUUCAGCAAUUUAAAUUAUCCUUGCCAUAUCAAAAAAAUAAUGACAAACCUCAUCGUAACUACCACCUUUGAGUUUUUUAUAUAAAGAAGGAUCAACUAUUGUGAAAAUUCUCUAUUGUCCCUUUCAAAAUAUUAAAAUAUCGUCAUUACACGUGCUAAUCAUAUAAUUAUGCUACUUAUAUAAAUAUAAAUACGCAUAGAUAUAAAAUUUGACGUAUCAAUUAUGUGUGAUAGAUGACCAAUAACUUAGUAGAUUCAUUGGAUUUAAAAUAUUAAAUAUUUAUAUUAUUAUAAUAUCUAUAGAUAUUAAAAAAAUCAAUCUAUAUUAACUCUCAACAUAAAAUGUUCUCGGAAAAUAAAUAAAUUUUAUUAUCUAGGAUGGUAGUGCAAAAAAUUAAAUUAUAAUUAUUGUAAAAUCAAUAUUCAAAAUUAUAAGUGUUUAGAUUUGUGUAUUAAAUAUUCUAGUUUAGUGAAUGUUGCAACAUAGAAAAAUGUUUCAUUGCUAUUAGUAGUCCACACUUUUUUACUUUUUUUAUUUCUAAAGAACUGUGUGGCUGUGACAUGUUUUUCUCAAUUUUAUAAUUUGAGUCAACUUGCUUUAUAUUUAAAGUUACUUUAAAAUUUUUGAAUCGAAUUGCAAUCAAUGACAAUAUAAUCAAACUUAUGAAAAGAUUAAAAUAUAAAUACAUAGUUAUGUACCAAUAUAAUAGGUCAUACACAAAUUAUUUUGCUACUCCAAAUAGUACACUGUUUACCUUUAUUUCUCCCGCGUACGAAAUUCUAAAUCAUUUAUAAAUUUUAUUUUUAAGAAAAUUAUUUACAGGGAGCCUUUAGCACUACAUCACUUAGGAAAUAUAUACUAUCUAAUAUUAUACAAAGUAUCAAACAAAAUAUAUUGAUUGUUAGAAUAAUAUAUAACUAAGUAACUAUGAAACUAAGCAUGUUAUUGUACUCUGUGUUCGUAAAACUUCAUAAAAACUGUAUCAGAUCUUAUAGGAAAUAGCGAGUAGUGCGUAGAAAUAACACAAAAUGCCUUCAAUGGAUAUCCGCAUUAUAGAACACAACUGUAUCAAUUCGUAAAUAAAUCUGCUUGAAAAAAGUAA